CAUCAAGGGGACAUGCAGUACACACACUUCAAAAUCCUAAUGCUGAUGUGGAUUAAAAUUGUGGUGUUAAAUAAAAUUGCUUGCCUACAGAUGAAAGUCGUCCAUCAGCCAAACCCGGUGAUGACCGCUAAAGUUGGUGAUAAUGUGACUCUACGCUGCUUUCUGAUGGGAGAACAAAACACUGAUCCCACAGUUUGGUACAAGCAAGUAGGAGGACAAGAGCCUUCUUUAGUGGCUGUGGUACAGAAAGUACAGGAUCCUAUUUACAAAGAUGAGUUCAACUCUUCAAGGUUCAGAUUCGAGAAAGGAAGCAACAGCUGUCAUUUAAAAAUAAUAAACGUAAAAGCAUCAGAUGAGGCCAUGUAUUACUGUGGCUUGAUUACGUUUUACACCGUCUUCGCAAAAGGAACAUUUUUAUCAGUGAAAGGUGAUGGAGAUGUAAAAGUGUCAGUAUCACAGAGCGGUGUGUUGGACUCAGUUCCUGCAGGAGCGUCAGUGACUCUGCAGUGCUCGGUUCUCUCUGAGAGCAGAGCAGCAGAACUCCAAGUGCUCUGGUUCAGAGCUGCUCCACCACAAUCCCAUCCUCAAAUCAUUUACACUCAUCACAACAGCAGCCAUCAGUGUGAGAGCGGCUCUUCUAAACACACCUGUGUCUACAACUUCUCCAAGAACAUCUUCAGUCACAAUGAUACUGGGACUUACUACUGCGCUGUGGCCGUGUGUGGGAAGAUCAUUUUUGGAAACGGGACACAAGUACAUCUGGAGAAUGUUGCUGUAAAUUUUGUAGAGAUCUGCCUGGGAACAGCGUUGGUUAUGUGUGUGAUUUUGAUCUCUGUUCAAGCUGUUUUACUGUAUAAAAGGAAAAAUAGUAACCAGUACAGAAAGGAAUCUCAGUAUGGUUCUGUGAUAAACACUGAGAAGAGGAACACUCAGGUAUGUGUUCACUUGUGCAGGAAAUGUUUAUUCUUCUGAUUUUAAAAAUUCAGAAUGAAAGCCAUAAUCUUUUAUUAGUUCAAAG